AAUUUCUUUCUUUCGCCUCCCAAGUCCCAACUCACCCAACCUUUUCGCUUUUUUUUUUUUUUACUUUUCCACUCCUAUCGCUUAAUCUAUUUGCUCACUGCAUGCUGUCCUGACCCCGGCCAGACCUGUGAUUCUGUUUGUUCGUGUACUGAAGAAAGCAUGCGCCUGGUCUGCAGUCUGCACACCAGCAGCUUCUGCAGACUCAGUGAGUAGAAGGCGAGUGAUAGCAGCAGCUGGCCAGCUCGCUUUACACACACUCUGAGCUCAGGAAGCUUGGCAUGGCUCUGAGGCCAGUCCAUGGCUUGGCGUCUCUUCUUGUCCUCCUCUCCUGCCACUGUCAUGGUGGAAGAAGCGAGCAGGGUGCAGAGGUGCCGAGGCUGGAGCACGACGUGACGUCGCCCCUGGCCACGGUCCCGGUGGUGAACCCGACGGCGACGCCCGUGGCGAUGCCCACCGCGACGCCGACGCCGUCUCUGGCCACCGGCGGCGGCGGUAGCUGGUGCGUGGCGAGCCCCAGCGCGAGCGCGACGGCGCUCCAGGUGGCGCUGGACUACGCGUGCGGGCAGGGCGGCGCGGACUGCUCGCCCAUCCAGCAGGGCGGGAGCUGCUUCAGCCCGGACACCGUCCGCGACCACGCGUCCUACGCCUUCAACAGCUACUACCAGAAGAACCCCGUGCAGACCAGCUGCGACUUCGCCGGCACCGCCGUCCUCACCACCACCAACCCAAGUACUUCUACGUGUCAGUAUCCAGCAACGAGCACCGGUGGAUCGGUCCUAAACACGUCGACUCCGCUGACACCAACGUACGGAUCUCCGCCCGGGUACGGGAGCUCUCCACCGGCCGGAUACGGCAACUCCCCUCCGCUGUACGGGAACAUGUCGCCGCCGAACUAUGGCGACAACAUCAGCGCCGCCGUGAGGGCACUGCAGCCCGGCCGGAGGACGACGACGGCCGCCGUGUCGCUGGCGACGACGUGCCUCCUGACCGCAGCACUGUCACUGACGACGGUGAGCGGCUGAACCUGCACUCGCAACAAUAGUUCCAGGUCGCCGCGGUUGUCUCCGCCGCAGGUUCAGUUGCAGAAUGGCAGCUCAUCAGGUGCCGAUCGUGAUGUCUUCAAGAGCCGAGACAAGCAUGUACCGAUGCAGCAGAGACUACACAGGAUAUACGUACAUGUACACUGUCAGAUCUGACUGAAGAGCAGGAGAGACCAGUGACGCUGUGCUGCCUCUGCCCUCUGGCAGUCACUGGCAAUAGCGUUGCGGUGUUGCCUGCCCUUGUACAGAUAGACUCAUAUACAAUUAUACAUAGCGACGGUUAUGAUCUCUC